ACUGGGCUGCCCCGGUCGCACAGUAUGGCGGUGCUCGGCGUGCGUGGCGGAGCGUGAAUGAUCUCGGCGUUGCAUAAUCGGCGGGGGUAACCAGCUGUGGUCUCGCGUGAGCUCGCGAAAGCGGAGAGGAGGAGAAAGAGAGGCCCGCUCGCGAGGCGGUGAAUUUGGGCAGCGUGUGACGCUACGACAGGUCGACGACAGUGCCUCCCGCGGACCAAGAGAUAUGCCGCCAAGUGGAGUCGCGCGUUGCUAGCGUCAGGGAUGCGGGAUCGGGCAUCGUCAUUGCCAAUCACGGAUCGGUAGCGAGCGGCGACAGGGGCGACAGCGUACCGCACAGCAUGACGGCGAUUAAGAGCAGCGGCACGCCGGGCACCCUGCGCCAACUCAACGUUUUGAACAACUUCAAGUACGAGUACUUCGUCGCGGGCAUCUCGGGCGGCGUCGUCUCGACCCUGAUGCUGCACCCGCUGGACCUAAUCAAGAUCCGAUUCGCGGUGAACGACGGUCAUACGAGCUCGGCACCGCGGUACAACGGGCUCAAGAAUGCCCUCGCACAGAUCGUUAAGACCGAGGGUGUGCGUGGACUCUACAGGGGUGUAACGCCGAACGUUCUAGGCUCGGGCAGCUCGUGGGGUUUCUACUUCUUCUUCUACAACACGAUAAAGUCCUCGAUCCAGGGUGGAAACUCGAAGAAACCUCUCGGACCGUCCAUGCACAUGUUCGCUGCUGCCGACGCCGGGGUGCUCACCUUGCUCAUGACUAAUCCAAUCUGGGUGGUAAAGACGCGGCUGUGCUUACAAUAUGCCGACGAUGUGAAACUGGCCGAGUCCAAGAAGUAUCGCGGCAUGGUCGAUGCUUUAAAGAAGAUUUACAGGACGGAGGGUAUUAGAGGCUUAUACAAGGGUUUAGUUCCUGGAUUGUUUGGCGUCUCGCAUGGCGCGAUACAAUUCAUGGCGUACGAAGAAAUGAAGAAUAAGUACUAUAAUUACUUGAAUGUACCCAUCGACACGAAAUUGUUUACGACCGAAUACAUCGUCUUCGCGGCAAUGUCGAAGUCGAUCGCUGCGGCGUUGACGUACCCUUAUCAAGUGGUGAGGGCGCGACUCCAGGAUCAUCAUCGCGAUUAUCAGGGCACCUGGCAUUGCGUUCAAUCCACAUGGAGGUAUGAGGGUUGGCGCGGCUUUUACAAGGGUUUAAGCGUAAACCUCACCAGAGUGACCCCGGCGACAGUUAUCACGUUUGUGGUCUACGAAAAUAUGUUUCAUGAUCUACAAUCCAGGCGUGCCGCUGUGAAGGAGGUGAUCACCGUGCCUGCGGUUGACAAACUGAAGGAGUAAGGUAAAGAGUAAACUGGGGGAUCCCACGGAGCUUUACCAAAGUACACGUGUAAUCCGGUCGUACCGCGAGUCGUGCGAAUUGCAUUUCUGAUGGCACGUGAGCCGAAAUGUGGGUGAAUCGUAGUAAUUGCAAUGAAAUUCUGCUGUGAAGAAAAGGUUCGAGAAACGCGUGAUUGAUGGUACAAAUUGAAGACAUAAGAAUGACGUGAGAAAGACCGCGAACGUUAGAAAUAAUCUUAAGAGAAGCUUACUUUAUUUUCGGAAAGAGAGACGAUAAGUUAUUUUUCACAUAGAUUUUAGAUCUCGUAGAUUUUGUUUUAAAUAUCAUCUGUAGUUUAUUUUUUAACACUGUUGGCCAUUGCAUUCUGUAGCUAAAAUAAUUACCUUGUAUAGCUUUUCCAUCGGUGGAAGAAUAUCUUAGCAGAAAAGCUGUCAUGGAUUAGAGAAUUUCAAAUGUUACAGUGGUCUGUAUUAAUCCUCAUCGGAUAUAAUAAAAAUUGAAUGCCUGGAGCGUGCAAAUGAUUGAAGUUUUUGGAUGUUUGGACGUACACCAGUGAUAGAGAUUAUUUGCAUUGAUUGUAUCUUUUACCUGCAUGUUUAUUCAUAAUUUCAUUCAUAAUUUGGCUACAUUUGCGACCAUUUUUGGAAGAUAUACAAUAGUUUUUAUUUCUUGAGUAAAUAUAGAAUUUAUUAGUUAUAGAGAAAGCUAGAAGGUUUCGACAUACGGUCAAAUGUUUAUUAAACAAAUUCUUAUUAAAUUUUACGUUUCAAGUUUUUUCAUUUUUACACACGCCGCUCUUUUUCCUUUACAUUACAAACUUGUGUUUAAAAGAUACAACUUUUAUUGAGAUCUCUAAUUACAUUACUAUGAUUUGUCGUUGAUUGUUAAUGUUUGUUUUAUAUUUAUUACAGUCGUUUCAUAUUUAACGUUUAAAAUUGCAACUUUGUCGUUUGUUAUAAUGUUAUACAAUAACGUUAUGCAAUAUCGUUACAAUUAUUUCUUUUUUAAACGAUAAGCUUAAUGUUGCAAAAGACGUUUGUAAGGUUGACAUAAACACGAGUUUGAUGAAACACAGAUAUGUAUUUAAUCAAUAAAGUUGAGAAAAUACAAAGCAAAGUAAUUGUGAAGAAAAGGAAUUGAAACAUUCCCAAUUUUCGUGAUCAUCGCUGUUGAUCUGUUCCACAAUAUGUUGCGGAUUUGUUUAUUGCCUUUCAUUUAUUUAUCGUUUUAUAACGUAGCAGAUUUCGCAUGGACCACAGCAUUUCUGAUAAAGUUCACAGUAAACGUUUCGCACGAUAUUCUUUGGCUAAAUCUGGCUAUAUGGAUUAAUAAACCUUUCAGAUAUUCUCGAACGCAAUCGAACAUCAAUUAUUAUUUAUCGGUAUACUUAAUGGCUUAUCAGAUCUAAAAGAUUCACAGGACAUUUUGUGUAACGCUGAUCACAGUGCUGCUCGCGUUCUGCUUCCACAAUCUCGUCCGGAAGAUCUUCGCUCAUCGACGUAGAAGGCCUGCAACAAAGAAAUGCGCAUAAACAUUAUAAUUCUUCUACGUUCGUUGUAUCGUGCCCGACACGUGUGACAGGCACGAAUAUCUGUCGAGCGAACAUUUCGCUCGAGAAUAAAAAUUCAUCGGAUAAA